GUGAAGGCCUCCAACUUCCAGUCGGCCUCACAGAACUCCUGGUCUUCGCAGUCCCAGACGUCCAGUACGCAGUCGUGGCUCUCGAUGGCUCCCUGCGCCUUCCCCCUCUUUACACAGAUCAACAGCACUCAGGUGGUCCAAACUGCUGUGACGCUGCCCUCGGAUUCAGCCCGCAAUGAAGCCCUCUGCACAGAGAUUGUGGGUCUUUUACAACGCCUGGUAUCCUCCACACUCCUCGCCUCUUCUCCAGCCACCCAGCGUGAUGAUCCAGAAGCUCUGGUCAAGUCAGACAUAUACUGGGGCCUUUGUGAGGUCGCAAUGUUCAAUCCCGGUCUUGUCUCCCCAGUCAUCACGCUCUUCUGGCGUCUCCUUUCGAAGUGUCUUGAUCCCGCGCUGUCAAAGACCAACCCCAUUUUCGAUAAAGAAAAUGGCUGCACUUCCCUUCCGGAUACUUUACGGGCCGUACCACUGCGACUGAGUCAGUUAAUAAUGCUGACAGAACCCGACUCGAUUCUCGCGUACAGGGAACACCCGCAACUGCCCGUCGUUAAAUUUGACUGA